GAAGUAAACCUAAAGCAUACGGUGUUAGUGUUGUGUCCCUCACUUCUUGCCUUCUCCCUCGUUCAUGGUUGCAGCAGCAGCAGCCGCACACCGAAUCGAAUUCCCACCGGCAGCUAAGGUCUUCUAUCGGAACUGGUAAAAGUUUCGUUGCGAACUGAAGGGAGAUUCUAUGGGGAAGCAGGACGAGCCUCUCCAUGUUAGUUCCAAAGCGGAGCUGAAGCGAAAAGAGAAGCAGCAGAAGAAGGCCAAGUCUGGAGGGUUCGAGUCCUUAGGUCUCAGUCCCAAUGUCUUCAGGGGAAUCAAGCGCAAGGGUUACAGAGUACCCACUCCAAUUCAGAGGAAAACCAUGCCGCUCAUUCUUUCCGGGGCCGAUGUCGUGGCCAUGGCACGCACUGGCUCUGGUAAAACUGCUGCUUUUUUGGUGCCUAUGUUGGAGCGCCUUAAACAGCACGAUCCCCAGGGUGGUGUUAGGGCUCUUAUUUUGUCUCCUACAAGAGACUUGGCGCUUCAGACUCUCAAGUUCACUAAGGAACUUGGAAAAUUCACAGAUCUUCGAAUUAGUUUAUUGGUAGGGGGUGAUAGUAUGGAAGCUCAGUUUGAAGAAUUGGCUCAAAAUCCUGAUAUUAUAAUUGCAACUCCUGGAAGGCUGAUGCACCAUUUGGCUGAGGUUGAUGACAUGACCUUGCGCACAGUUGAAUAUGUAGUUUUUGAUGAAGCUGACUGUCUCUUUGAAAUGGGUUUUGCUGAGCAGUUGCAUAAAAUCCUUGCACAACUGAGUGAGAAUCGUCAGACCUUGCUUUUUAGUGCGACCUUACCAAGUGUUCUUGCAGAGUUUGCAAAAGCUGGUCUUCGCGAUCCCCAGCUUGUGCGCCUUGAUUUAGACACUAAGAUUAGCCCUGAUCUAAAGCUUGUCUUUUUUACUUUACGUCAAGAAGAGAAAAAUGCAGCAUUAUUGUAUUUGAUCAGGGAGCAAAUCAGUGCUGAUCAACAAAGUUUGAUUUUUGUAUCCACUAGGCAUCAUGUGGAGUUUUUAAAUGUUUUGUUCAGAGAGGAAGGUAUUGAGCCGUCUGUAUGUUAUGGUGAAAUGGACCAAGAUGCUCGCAAGAUUCAUAUAUCUAGAUUUAGGGCAAGAAAAACAAUGUUCUUAAUUGUGACUGAUGUUGCAGCUAGGGGCAUUGACAUCCCAUUGCUUGAUAAUGUUAUCAACUGGGACUUCCCUCCAAAACCUAAAAUCUUUGUACACCGAGUUGGACGAGCUGCAAGAGCUGGUCGAACUGGUACAGCAUUUUCAUUUGUGACUUCCGAGGAUCUCCCCAAUCUUUUAGAUCUUCAUCUUUUUCUCUCAAAACCUGUAAGGGCUGCACCUACUGAGGAGGAGGUCUUACUUGAUAAGGAGGGUGUAUUCUCUAAAAUAGACCAUGCAAUUGCAAGUGGAGAAACUGUAUAUGGACGUCUCCCUCAGACGGUUAUUGAUCUUGCUUCUGAUAGAAUUAGAGAAACAAUUGAUUCUUCAGCAGACUUGAUUUCUCUGCAGAAAACUUGUUCAAAUGCAUUUCGUAUGUAUUCAAAGUCCAAACCUCUACCUUCAAAAGAGUCUAUCAGAAGAGCGAAGGACUUACCUCGUGAAGGGUUGCAUCCAAUCUUUAAAAAUGCUCUUGAAGGUGGUGAAUUAAUGGCAUUGGCCUUCUCAGAGCGCUUAAAAACAUUCAGACCCAAGCAGACAAUACUGGAGGCUGAAGGAGAAGCUGCUAAGUCAAGGCAUCGACAGGGUCCUAGUCAAUGGGUUGAUAUAAUGAAGAGAAAAAGAGCUGUUCACGAGGAGGUCAUUAACUUAGUUCAUCAGCAACGCUCUGCUAAGCACGUGGAGGAGGAACUCCCAUUGGAAAACAUUUCUUCAAAGGAUAAGGAGAAGAAAGGACCUCAAGGAUUAAAAAGAAGAAAGACUACAAGUUUCAAGGAUGAGGAGUUUUACAUAAAUUCAGUACCAACAAAUCAUCAUACAGAAGCAGGGUUAACGGUGAAGGGCGAUCAAGGUUUUGGGUCUAACAGGUUGGAUAAUGCGGUUCUGGAUCUAGUCGCUGAUGAUAGUUCUGGCAUGCAGAAACAUAAAUCUGUAUACCAUUGGGAUAAGAGGGGCAAGAAAUAUGUGAAGUUAAACAAUGGGGAUAGGGUCACAGCCAGUGGAAAGAUAAAGACAGAAAGCGGUGCAAAAGUAAAAGCUAACAAGACCGGCAUAUACAAGAAAUGGAAAGAACAAUCACAUAAUAAGAUCUCUCUCAAAGGAAUAAGUAAAGGAGAACACGAUGGUGAUUCCAUGAACACUGCUGGGAAUCAGCGAGUUUUGGGAAAUAAAAGGAAGUUUGGACAGGGAAAGAACAGGCACUCGGUGCCUAAUGCGCAUGUGCGCCCUGAAGUUAAAAAUCUAGAGCAAAUUCGGAAGGAACGGCAGAAAAAGGCAAAUAAAAUUCAACACAUGAAGAACAACAAACCGACGAGGGGCAAAAAAUCUGGUAAAAGGGGGAACAGAGGAAAAGCUAAGUAGGAUGAUAGACGUACUUCUUUCGCAUCUUUCCGAAAUUUUUCGAUUGUCUUAGAGGUCUCUUAAGAGGGAAGAUUUUGUUUUCACUUCGUUUUUAGGAGACUUCAAACUUUUGACUUGGUAAUUUUAGAAGUACUUCUAUCAUUGGAUAUAGUGUUGUAUUUAUCUAUUAGAAAGUAAAGUUUCCUAGCUUUAGUUUGUAUGUGUCCAUGAGAGAUGUAUCUCAUAAUUAUUUAUGUUCAGUGCUUCUUUAUCUUUUA